AUGGCCGACAUUGUAGCAACGAGGGUUUUUACAGACAGCAAGAUCAAACCCCUUCUAAAUAGGUGCCCUGGCGGUGAGGACAUUAGGACAAGAGACUCUGCCUUACUUCAAAAUACUGUCAGGCCCAAUCGCGAUGACUCUGCAGCGUGCCAUCCGCGACCAAACUCGAUACCCUCUCAAACUGCUAUAUAUGAGGAUGAUAAUCUGCAGACUGCCCUCGACGAAAGGGAACUUAUUGAUUCAUUCAGAGCCCUUCCUCCGAAAGAACAGUCGGUGAUGAUGCAAAGAUUUGACACGCUUAAAUCUCAGCUUUUGCAAGUUCAACAUAGAGGGGAAGAUACUAACGAUGUCUCAAAUAAUCCCACUUGGGCCCACCGGACAGAAGUGGUUGACCUUCUUCAGCUCAGCCCCACUCUGAAUUCAAAAACCAUCCGACAAGACUCAAAUCUUCAAGUUGCUUCUGCAGCGUGCGCUACAUCACGAGACGACCAGGCUCUGCCAUCCUCACUGAACCUUCAUCUAUAUUCAUCAACCAACAUACCUAAGGACGAAAUUCUGAUUUCCCUGCUUGACUCAAAUCCCUCUUUAACUCACUCAUCUAUGCCAGAGCUAGAAUCUUCUCCAGUUUCGUCCAGAUAUAGAAGUAGUCCACAAGUGAUGCCCCUGAGAGAGUCUUCCGCAAUUUCCACCUCCGUGAUGCCCCCUCAAUUACCUCCUUCAAAGGAAACUGCGAAUGUUACACCUCGGGACCCGCCGUCAGAAAUGAUUGAAGACCCGAUGGGACGCAUCAAUAAAAUAAUCCGAAUGUCGGAUGACAAAUCUACGAGAGGGUUUACCCCGACGGACUCAAUUCCCCCUACCUGGGUAUUUCUCUGUCAAGUUGUACCAAGAAUUUCGAAAUGA